CGCCCGCGGAGAGGAGAUGGCCGAGGCGCCGGGCUCCGGGCGCCGCUCGCUGUACAGGGCGGUGGGCUCGCCGCCGUGGAAAGAGGCUUUCCGGCAGGCAUGCCUGGAGAGAAUGAGAAACAGCCGGGACAGGCUCCUGAACAGAUACCGCCGGGCUGGAGGCAAUAUGCCAAGGAGAUCUCAGAACACCCUUCUGGUGCAGGAGGUGAUGGAAGAAGAGUGGAGUGCUUUGCAGUGUGUGGACAGCUGUCCAGAGGUCUUGACCCAGUUGGAGGAGCUGUUGGACGUGACUGUGCUCGAGGAAAACCAGCAGGAGAUGGCUGACCAAGAGUGGUGCAUCCUCAGGGAGUACGAGAAGAGCCUGCAGUUCGAUGAGAAGUGUCUCAGCGUCAUGCUGGCCGAGUGGGAGGCAAACGCCCUCAUCUGUCCCGUGUGCACAAAGUCCAACGUGAGCGUGUCAGGCGGCGUGGUCGCGUGUCCGUGUGGCCUGUACCUCCCCUCGCACUCUCCAGAGUUGACGGAGCAAAAGCUUCGAGCCUGUUUAGAGCACAGCGUGAGUGAGCACAGCGCGCGCUGCCCGCACACGCCUGCGUUCUCGGUGGCGGCCGGGCCGGGGGAAGCGCCCCGUCUUCUGAUGAGCUGCGCGGCUUGUGAUACGUGGGCUGUGAUCCUCUAGAGCGGCCUCCACGCGUUCUCCUGGGGACACGACUCACUCCGCCUGAGACAGGCCCUUGUAAUGCCAGCCUUUAAUUUAUGACUUAUUUUGUAUUAAAAUUUUCAA